GUAACAUUAUUAUAUCUAACAACCGUGCCAAAGAAACUCGACAUAUGUAGACUAUAGUAGACAAAAUAACUAAGUAUCUACGUACAAACACUGCUAGGUGUUACACUAGCACUCAAAGAAACAACUGGCGUUUCAAGAAAACAUAACAAGCCUUGUAAAAUGAAUUAAUUUAUUGUUUCUGGAUAUUGGCAUAUAAUGUCCCCGUUAGAAAAUUCAAUAUCACAAUUAUUGUGUCUUUAUUAGUUCAUAUAGAGUGCCAAUAUAAUAGCGGCAUUUUACGGUUUCAAUUUAGAUAAAGAUUGUUAUUGUGUAACUGAAGAUAAAGGAUUUUAUUGACGGGAGGUUAUAGAAAGAGGUGUGGAAAAUAUUCUACUCAUUAUACUUUCAAGUGUAGCACUUAGUGACCGUACGUACUCAACAAACGGAAAACAACUAUGGAUUCGGCGGAAUUCAAGAUACGCGAAGAAUGCGAAGUUCUACAUCUAUCAGAAAAGCAAUGCAGGGAGAUAAUGAGCAGACUUCACAAUGACCUUGUCAAGGGUCUUGGGAAGGACUCUCACGCUAAUUCCAUUGUCAAGUGCUGGAUCACAUACAUACAAGAUUUACCCAAUGGAAAAGAACGUGGCAAGUUCUUGGCUUUAGAUUUAGGUGGAACAAACUUUAGAGUACUAAUUAUAAAUCUAGGUGAAAAUCACUUUGACAUGCAAUCAAAAAUUUAUGCUAUACCGAAUCACAUCAUGACAGGUACAGGUAUAGCUCUAUUCGAUCACAUUGCUGAGUGCUUAGCUAAUUUUAUGAAGGAACAUGACGUGUACGAAGAGCGUCUGGCCCUCGGUUUCACGUUCAGUUUCCCGCUUAAACAACUGGGGCUAACUAAAGGGAUCCUGCAACGUUGGACAAAGGGGUUCUCUUGUUCAGGGGUCGUCGGCGAAGAUGUCGUGCAGGGACUCAAGGAUGCCAUUGCUAGACGUGGGGACGUACAGAUUGAUAUUUGCGCUAUUCUGAAUGACACAACGGGUACAUUGAUGUCUUGCGCGUGGAAAAACCACAACUGCAAAAUAGGACUCAUCGUUGGUACGGGCAGCAAUGCUUGCUACGUGGAAAAGACUGAAAACUGCGAGUUGUUCGAUGGCGAGCCCGGCAAGUCGGAAUUACUGAUUAACACGGAAUGGGGCGCCUUCGGUGACGACGGCACCUUGGACUUCAUAAGGACAGAGUUUGACAGGGACGUCGAUAACAAUUCCAUCAAUCCCGGCAAACAGAUACAAGAGAAAAUGAUAUCCGGGAUGUAUAUGGGAGAGCUGGUCCGUUUAGCGCUCGUGAAGUUCACGCGGAUGGGCUUACUGUUCGGCGGUCGCGGCUCAGAUAUGCUUUACGAGAGGGGCAGCUUCUACACCAAAUACGUAUCCGAAAUCGAGUCAGACAAACCGGGUGACUACACGAGCUGUAUGGAAGUUCUGGAAGAACUCGGUCUCUCGCACGCCACGGAAGCGGAUAUGGCGGGCGUGCGCCACGUCUGCGAAUGCGUGUCUCGUCGUGCGGCGUACCUGGUGUCAGCGGGUAUCGCCACGUUGCUCAACAAAAUGGCGGAACCACGCGUCACCGUCGGCAUCGACGGCUCCGUGUACCGCUUCCACCCUCACUUCCACGCGCUUAUGUGCGAGAGGAUUACGCAGCUAGUACGCCCUGGCAUUCAGUUUGAUCUCAUGCUUUCGGAGGACGGCAGCGGUCGCGGCGCGGCGCUGGUAGCGGCGGUGGCGUGCCGGCAGCGCGAGGCGUAGAUAACGCCCAAAGCCUUACAGCGACGUCUAGGACCUUCGCACUGCUGCAAACAACACACGCGAGCCUAAACCUAGAAUACCUCAAAACAUAACGAAGGUGGACAAUACAUUUUAUCAUUUAGAUCAACUUUUACCAGCCCUCAAACGCACGGGGUUUUACAAAAUCGUUGCUGAGAGCCUUUCAAAUGAACAUGGCACAACGUCGGAAUACUUUGCAGUGUUUUGUCACAGUUUAACUGUCUGUCGUGAAGAACAUACUUUUUUGAAGUUUGGCAAGUUUAUAAGUUAGGCCCUAACUACAUUUAUGAAUUCCGCAAAGCUUAUUCGAUUUUACGCGCAAAUUUCGACACCACGUUAGAAAAAAUACACUGUCGUGUUUAUAAAGGUGGGUAACUAAAUUAAGAAAAGAAAACUACGAAUUCCCGAAAAAAAGUCAUCACUACGGGCACAUGAGUUUGAUUACAUUACGUUAUGUACGUUAUUUAUGUUAUUUAUCAGUGAUUUUUAACGUUACCCACUUGCUCAAUUAAAACGUUUUUCCUCGUGCGAUUUUGAAAAAAAACGCCCGUGCGUCAGAAGGCUAACGUCUUUUUAAUUAAGAAACGAAAAAUCAUGUCCCAUAAAACAUUUGUAUUUUUGUACAAAAUAAAGCAAUUUAUAAUAUAACGAAAAUUAUAUAGAUAACUAUUGAGGUUGGUUACUUUGGCUAGGUGCGUUAGAUGUGCGAUAGAUUCAAGAUCAACCGUCGUUUAUAUAUGCAUACUACCAACUUAGAUAACUAAUAUUGUCAACGCUUUUCUAUCGUGUGAAGCCGAAGGUGUGGCCGUAGUGUUCGUUUUCAAUACUAGUAAACUAACGUAAUAACAGCGUUAACUUUAAUCUGUUCUUCCAAAUGUCAAGGUUUUACAGUUCCAUACCGAUAUGACAGAUUAACGUACAUAACGCCGUUGUCACGUCACUAGGGUCGCAGAGAAUAUUAAAAGAAAAUGGUUUAGUGAUGUAGUGAAUAUUAAAUCAGAUUAAGUUUAGUUAUAUUCUCACUAUGCUUGAACAGACAGUUUAUCUGCGAGCUCUCUGGAGAGGAAUGUGUUGAUUCACUAUAAUUAUUGCAGUCUUGUUUAGAAAUAUUUUAUUAAGUAUUUAUUAAUUAAAUCAAGUUAAUAAGUCUUAAAUUCAAAGGCUUUUUUGUUGUUGUUAUAUUUAAAUUAGUUUGGUAAAGAUAUAAAUGUAUCUAAUAAUUUAAAUACUUAUUCUAUGGAUGGGUAGACACUAAGAUUUUAAAAAUUUGUUACAUUGUACUUAUUGAAUAACUACGUACCUACGUUAGAUUGAUCUAGUCAAAAUUUCUUUUAAAACCUGGGCUAGGUGUAUUUUGGAUCGAAUAUAAAUUGGAUUUGUUUGCGGCAUUUGCGACUCGCGAUGAAAAGUACUUAAGUAAAUAUGGGAUCAUAAUUGAUUUCACAAGACUGAUUUAAAAUGAGACCAUCCAUGGCCUAUCCAUAAUUUCGAUCAGUCUUCCUAUUUACGCAUAUAUGUUACAAGUUAAGUUCGUAGCAUAGGCAGUUUUAACAUCGCCCGGAAAUCAAAGGCAUAGGAAAGAUCCAAGUAUAAUUUAUUGGCCUUGCACAAAUAGUUAAAAAAAUGGCAAUGUCCAUUGUGAACCAAAUAAAGCUUGCUCGCAAUAAUAAUUUCCGGUAAAUGUCAAGAAUGGCCUACCUUCAGACUUUGAACGUAAUAUAUAAAUCUACUGUCUUAGUGUCAAUCUGUUCCGACCGCAUUUGAUUAUCUUAUCUGUGCCAGCAGUAAGUACUUCUCGAGAACUAUCUAGAUAUAGUCAUUCUUUCACGAAGUCUGUUUUUUAGUAAUGAAAACUGUUAAAAAAAAACUGUAAACUUAACUACAUCUGGCGUUAAACCAAACGAUCCUGAGCCCAACGCAUUAUUUGUGUGCCUAAAAUGCAUGGACAAUGAAGGUCGUCGUGAAAUAGAACUACUAUAUCUAUAUUUACAAUGUUUUUCUUUAAUGUUUCUAUUUGACUGGUAGGUACAUUGUAUAAUCGCUCUUAAAGUGGUAGGACCUGAAAUGAAUUUGCUAACAGUUUUUCGAACUAAGUACUCAAAUAUACUUUUAUGGAUGGCUGUUCCGACCGCACCUAUACCGACAGAAUUGUUGAUAUUAUGUGGAUAAGCCGGUCAAAGAAUGAACAUAUUAUUCUAUUUGUUUGAUUGUAAUAUGUUGUUAUUUAUUGUUUACUUAGCAGGAUUUUUCUUGUGCUAACUAUGUGCAGAAUCCUUUUAAAAAUCAAACUUAAAACAUCUACCCAUUGAGUAAUUAUUAUGUAGAUAAGUGAAAAUUUAGCAAUAAAUUUAGGAAUCUCAGAAAAAUUGCUGGCGAUACGCUACAUUAGAAUCAUUUAGAUCAUUCCAUUAUACUAAAAAUCGAUAGCUACACUUUGAAAAAUACCACAGUAGAGCGAAGGCCAGGGUAAUGGCGUUCAACCUGCGUACGCGGUGGCAGCUUUACGUCCCGGAGACGUGAAGUUCACUAAAAUCUUUUGACUUGCACAAAGAGGCCGCGUCUAUCGCAGGAAUUUUCCUACGCAGGUCGUCAGUGUGCAAAUUGGACGCCAUACUUUUGCUUUAGACAAUGAACGUUUACGAAAUUGUUUUAAGUAUAACUUAAGUUUAUAGAAUUACGGUGAGCUCUCCGAGCCGGGAGUCCUGGUUUUCUGCAAUGGAGUAGAGAGAUGCAAAAAUUUGCAACUCUUACAACCAAGCUAACUGUAUUAGAUCUGAUACAUGUCGAUAGCGAAAUGCGUAUAAUUACUCCAUUGUUUCUUAUCAGUCUUAUAAUGUGAAAAUUCUGAGGAUUACUUCAAAGUAUGUUGAAAAAUAAAAGAAAAAACAAAUACUUAUGCCGCAAUAAAUAAAAUAAGGAGAUUUCCUAUAUCCUUACGUAUGUUCCGAUUAUUUUUAAAUUAACAGUAAAAAGCAGUUCCGAAUGAUCCCCUAAGUAAAUUAGGCAAUCGCUUAAGACAUAAACAGCCCUGAAAAUAUUUUUCUAACAUAUAACAUGCAAGGCUGGAAACCCCGUUUUUGAAAAACACUUUUAAAUGUAUGAAUAAAAUUAUGUUUUAGGUUAUGGGGAUAUCAUAGCCCAAAUAACACUUACGGCAUACUUACGCUCCACGUAUCUCUUUCGUCUCAUCACGGUACGGCAAAAUAAAAAUUAAAGACCGAUACCAGUUUAUUAGUUGAUAGGGAGGCUAGGCUUAGAUUGCUUAGGUUGCAAUCAGUAGUAGUUAAUCCGACACUACUAACAAGCUAACUGCUAACAAGUAUACGACAGCGGUUACAUUAUAAGACAAAAUAAUAUAAAAACAAUAAAUGGACUAAGUGUUUUCAGACUUAACACCCGGUACGUUGAGAACUCGCCGUUUCUUUUUAUUUAUAGUUAGUUAGGUAUAAUGUGUUAUAUUUAGUCUUAUAUUCAAUUAUCAUAAGGUAAAACUCAGUUCAAUUAUAAUUUUGUUACUAAAAACAAUAGAUGAACUGUUUUUAUGUGUUAGACUUAGAUACCUAUUUAUAAGAGUUUUUAAAUAUUUUACUGUGAUAGAACUAGGACAUACUUACUGUAAAAAUAUUUACUUAUUAGUUUUGUGAUUAACACGAGCCAAUGGUGAUGGCCGCGAAGGUCUAGUGAUUAAGGCGCGUGUACUCUACAAAAAAGUGGUAAGUUCGAUUUCCGGGAAUACACUUCUUGUUGGUUUUUUAUACCUUUAUCAUGUGCUUAAUAAGUAGAUAGCCUAUCGCAACAUUUGAGGAUUUAUUAUUUUGUGUAUAACCCGCCAACCCGGAUGUGUCUAUACCUGCUGGGUGGUGGAUGUUUGCCCACCAGUGGGGUACAUGUUAUAUUUAACUACAUCCAUUAACGUAUUGACAUUUAAGGAUAAUUUAUUGAAAUAUAGCAUUUCUAAAUGAUCCGGUUUUAUCUCAAUGUUUUAUUUUCAAACAAUACAGGAAAAAAAGCAUCGAAUUUCCCGUUGCGAUAAUAACGCGCCUAACAUAUAAUCGCAAAUACCUAAAAAACUAAGUAUUGAAUUUAUAUGUACCCUACAUGCGAUAUUAGAUCAUUAUUCAUUACACUACAUAAUAUAGUUCCUAGUUAAAAAUAGGUGCAUUUUAUUUUAUAGGGUUCGUAUUUGUCGAUCGAUAAUUUUGCUGCAUCGAGAGUAAAAUAGUCAAGUAGAUAGUUUGUGUUCAAUUAUGUGCUUAGAAGUACCUACUUAAUUUGUCCUUUGUAUAAAUAUAUAUAUAACUUUAUACCAUUCGAGAAUCUAUACUUAAAAGCUGGGAAUUAUUUUCGUGCACAGACCGCGUCCCGGAAACGUCAAGUCUUGUUCGGAUUUAGAGGGCACUGUGUUCUGAGAAUACAUGAUUGUUGGACCAUGCCCCAGUACAUUUGAAUCCAGGGUUGAUGGACUAACGUGUCUAAAUGGUCUACGGCUGAUACAAAUCUCUCGAACGCAAAUAAAAUCUGAGUGGGAGAGUGAGAUUUCGUCUAGUGUGGGAUCUACGUCUACUUUCUCCGUCGCAUGCAAGUUAACUACCAUUUGUAUGGAAUCGAAAGGGCGUCAUCUAGCGAAAAUACUGUUUGCCAGUUUUAAAUAUCACACUAGGCACCCAGUAUAUUUACAAUAAUUAUCUCUUCUUGUUUCUGUUAUAUCCGUAGCCAAUGUAUAUCUUUCUAGAUAAGCAACUGACUUUGAAAUCGUAAUUACACAUGACAGUUUUCAUGAGACAAAUUAUCAAACAAGGACUGUCAAGUAUUGUGUACAAAUUGCACCAAAAGGGGUACGUUAUCAAUAAUGGAAAAUCAGUAUCCUGUACUUUAAAAGCGAAUCUGUCAACAGGUAUAACAAUAACCAAUCUUUCUUACCCCAAUUACCUCAUUUAGGUAUCCAACCGUGAAGUUUUCGUUCAUACAUAAAUUUUCAUUCAAACAAUUAGUAUUUUGCCUACAGAAUGCAACUAAGCUUUAUGCUGUCUACGUACUCUUACCUACGAACACAUCACAUAUUGAUUAUUUUCCCGUGCGAGGAUUAAACAAAUGCAACGUUUUAAAAGGAACAUCGAGCUACUAAAUAACUUAUUAGGUAAAGCAAACAAUUUAUUACGAUAUUCAUCUGUAGAAAAGGUUAAAAUUUCUCUUUACCUGGUCUUAUUUUGCAAGCAAUUUAGUAGUGCCUAAGUACUAAGCUUGCGGAGGGCCAAAAAGAUUAGUUACAUUGAAUUCCUUUACUUCGUUAUUGAGAUGUUCGAUGUUCGUUCCCAUAGUUUCCUUUUAUCGUUACAUAAAGGAUAUACAGAGAUAAAUAGGUCCUAGUACUCAAAACUAUCUACGUUUUCUAAAGUUGUACAAAAUGUUGUAGUUAAUUUAUUUAUGUAAUUUUUGUGUAUUUUAUUAUCAUGUUUUGCUCAAAAUUAUAGUUUCUUCUAAAAUUUGUCACCAAUUUAUUUAUUUUUUUACAAGAAAAAACAAAAUGUAAGAAUGAUGGCAAUGGAACGAAUGUCCUUCCUUAACUUUCUGCUUAAAAUGGAAGUUUCAUACAUUCCACAUGA